AUGUAUCGUAUUGGUGUCGACGUCGGCGGGACCAACACUGAUGCCGCCAUCCUCGACAUCACGGCCAGCGAGACGCCCUCGCGCGGUGUCCUCGCCUCGAGCAAGACGCCGACAACCCCAGAUGUCACCAGCGGCAUCAAGAGCGUCGUCGAGAGCGUCCUGACCAAGUCUGGCAUCGAGCCGGCGCACAUCCUGAGCGUGGCCAUCGGGACGACGCACUUUGUCAACGCCGUCGUGGAAGCGGACGCCAGGAGACUCAGCAAGGUCGCCGUCGUCAGACUCUGCGGUACCUUUAGCCAGGAUAUUCCGCCGUUUACCAACUUCCCUCCCGCCCUUAGGAGCAUCGUUGAGUGCCAGUCCUACUAUCUAGACGGAGGCCUCGAGAUCGACGGGCGAGAGAUCACUCCCCUGAACGCUGAGCAGAUCCGGGAGACCGCCAGGCGCAUCAGCGCAGCCGGCAUCACGAAGGUCGCCCUCAUCGGCAUCUUCUCUCCCCUCGACCACAGCGGCAUCCACGAGGAGGUCUGCAAGAAGCUCAUGCUCGAGGUUAACCCGGGCCUCUCAGUCGUCUGCUCCCAUACCAUCGGCGGCGUCGGCCUGCUGGAGCGUGAGAAUGCCACCAUCCUCAACGCCUCCAUCCUCCAGCUGGCCCAGAAGACCGUCCGGGCCUUUGUGCAGGCCAUGGCAGAUCUCAAGCUCAACUGCAGCUUGUAUCUAACUCAGAAUGAUGGGACCCUGACGGACGCCGUCACUGCGUCUGAGCUGCCCAUCAAGACCUUUGCCAGUGGCCCAACCAACAGCUUGACCGGAGCUGCCUUCCUGGCCUCCCUGGACAGGAGGCACAGCAACGGGUCAACCGCAGAGAGACAGACGCUGGUCAUUGAUAUUGGCGGUACCACCUCUGAUAUCUGUGCAUUGCUGCCGUCUGGAUUCCCCCGUCAGGCAUCGAACUUCGUUGAGGUCGGUGGUGUGCGUACCAUGUUCUCCAUGCCAGAGGUACUCUCUAUCGGACUCGGCGGAGGUAGCAUUGUCCGCCAGGAUGGAACCCAUGUCUCUGUUGGGCCUGACUCUGUCGGCCACUAUCUGACCAGCAAGGCCAAAGUGUUUGGUGGUGAUACCCUGACUACCACUGACAUUGUCGUUGCAGCCGGCAAAGGGCAGAUAGGGGAUGCAUCAAAGGUUGCCGAUGUCACUCAGCAGACCAUCCAGGAUGCUCGAAAGGCCAUCACCAAGCUGCUUAACCGUGGCAUUGAAAGCAUGAAGGUCUCCUCCUUGCCCGUCACCGUCCUCUUGGUCGGAGGCGGCUCCAUCGUCUAUAUGGACGACCUCGAGGGCGUAGAGGAAUGCAUCAUCCCUCCGCACCACGACUCUGCCAACGCCGUCGGUGCAGCCAUAGCCAAGGUCGCCGGAACAGUGGACGUCAUCGAGAUCCUUGCCGGAAAGGACGAAAAAGAAGUCCUCAAGCAAGUCGAAGCUGCGGCAAUCAACAUGGCUAUCCAGCGUGGCGCAGACAGGGACACCGUCAAGAUCGCCGAGAUCGAAAAACUGCCCCUUCAAUAUGUCACUAACAAGGCUACCCGUAUCAUGAUCAAGGCCGUCGGCAAGCUGAGAAUACCCACAGAGGAAGAAGCCGAGCUGGAACGAGCCAAGCUGCCUAGUUAUACCAACGGCACGAACGGGGUCAACGGUCACAACGGAAACGGCGUGGAAGGUGAGAAAGCUGCCGCCGCCGAAGAUGUCUCUAGAUCCGCUGUCAAGCACUCCGUCUAUGUCGAUAUACCAUCCUACAAGCCAGAAGUCGAGAACGAUGUCUGGUACCUGAGUGCCCUGGACCUGGAGUUCAUUGCCUCUGGCACUGGCGUCCUAGGAACGGGUGGCGGCGGCCCUUCAUAUCAACAAUACCUGAUUGCCCUCGAGUGUCUUCGCAAGAACCCCAAGCGGAAGAUGAGAGUAGUAAAGCCUGAAAGCAUGGCUGACACCGACAUCUGCGUCUUCGCUUCCUGGUACGGCGCUCCUAGCGUGGCAUCAGAGCGUAUUCCCCAGGGAAACGAACUCAUUCGAUCAGUCGAAGAAUCCGUCAAACUCACUAGACACGACAAGUUCCAUGCCAUCAUGGCUGAUGAAAUUGGCGGAGGAAACGGAAUGGUCACCUUCCCUACUGCAGUGCAUUAUGAUAUCCCGACUAUCGAUGGCGAUUUGAUGGGACGAGCUUAUCCUACCAUCCAGCACGGCACCCCUUACGUCUACGGUGAAACCAUCUCACCUUGUGCCCUUGCCGAUUCAAAGGGUAACGUCUCGGUCGUCAUGCACGCUGAGUCGAACCAGAGAAUCGAGACCAUGCUUCGAACUACUUGCGUUGAGCUGGGACUCUUCGCCUCCGUCUCUGCUGCUCCUCUUACCGGCAGAGCCAUCAAGCAGUACGCCGUCGAAAAUACCAUGUCUCAAGCCUGGUACCUCGGACGAGCCAUCCACCUCGCUCGCCGGGAAAAGGUAGACGUCAUCGAAGCAAUCUUCAAAACUACCCCCGGCCGCCUCCUAUAUACAGGCAAAAUAAUCGACGUUCACCGAGACGUCAGCCGCGGCUACACCAUGGGCUACUGCAUCCUCGCCCCCCUAUCCAGCGACGAAGUAGCAGACUCCUACGACAACACCAACACCAACACCUCAUCCUCUACCGAAUCCCAACCACACCUAAUCAUCCCCUUCCAAAACGAAUACCUCUACGCCGCUCACGUAACUAACCUCGACCACCCGCAAGCAAAACUCAACCAGGACGUCAUCUGCACCGUUCCCGACCUCAUCUCCAUCCUAGAUAAGGACGGCGAAGCAGUCGGAUCCCAGGAACUCAAGUAUGGUCUCCGUGUCCGUGUGAUCGGCAUGGCUGCUCAUCCGCUCUGGACCCAGGACCAGAGAGGCCUUGAUGUCGGUGGACCGAAGCAUUUCGGUCUCGACAUGGAGUGGAAGAGCAUCGGGAAGUACCAGAGACCCAGGAGCGUUAUUGAUGAGUUCAACGUAAUCGUUUGA